UGACAGUUUACAUCGUGACGUAGUGAGACUGGUCACUAGUCCCACAAAACAAUGCCGCAAAGAGCUUUUAGGGUUAUACGUGAGACAAGGUUUUACAAGUUCACAUAAGAUUUUCUGAGUCAUGUUAUAAGUGGUAAUUGUUGAUCUUAUAUAACUAGUAUAUAAUAUAUAUGUAUGUAUCAUAUGUUUAUAUACUGAUGCAGAUUUGUUUGUAAUUAUAGUGUCAGAAAGUGACUUUGUUAAAACUACUUAAUCUACAAAAUGGCAACAAGUUCUCAGUCUUCAGUUGAGCCCAGUUCUAAUGAAGUGAAGGACUAUAUUUGUAAUGCCUGUGAAGACCAGAAUAAUGCUGAGACCAGUGCUGAUUUCUAUUGUAAACAGUGUGAACGAUUUUAUUGUGGAAACUGUAUUGAUCCACAUGGUAAAGCCUUGGCUAAACAUACUACAUUUGGAAGGGUCGAAAUAGAUAAAUGGCCAGUUUCAAAAAAGGUGGUGGAUUUUCUACAUACUUGUGAUGUUCAUAAGGAACAUAAAAUUGACCAAUUCUGCAACCUGCACAAACAGCUGUGCUGCCCUCAGUGUGUAUCUGAUCAACACAGCCAGUGCAGAAAAGUGACCCAGAUUUCGGAGCUGACCAACUCACAGCCCACAGGCUUAGAGGGGCUCUCAGUGGAGCUGGAAACUGUCCUGGGGGAAAUUAAAACCCUGCAGAUCAGUCAGGAGGCCAGCAUUCAGUCAUUGCAGAGAACAUACAAGGAACAUAGGGAAGUUAUGAUAGAGCAAAUGUGUUGCAAUUUAAAUACUUAUAUAGAUGAGUGUGAUAAUAAUUCUGUGGGUACAUCAGGCGGAAAUGAGCAAUAUUUAAAAGAAGAGAUGUGUAGGAGUGUUCUCUUUAUCGUGAAUGAAUUCGAUAAUAUUACUGCGAAGGAACUUAACGAGAUAAGAGAAGAAGUUAUAAGCAUGACAGGGUCAGUUACAAGUUCUAUUCAUAAAUGCACCAGUCUUCACAAUGACUUGUCACAAUUACUUGAAAUCGUUCAGAAAAUUGGAGAUAAUAAGGAGCUCUGCCUUAUAGCCAACAUAAAAUGUAAGCAUAUAAUACAACAGGCAUUGACUCUGCUAGGAAAGUCAGGCAAGGCAUUAAAUCUCCAGAUUAUUACUGAGCACAAUGUUAGAAUACCAAGUGAUAAAGUUGUAUGUGAUAUCAGAGGCAUAUGUGUUCUUCCCGAUGGGCAGGUACUGGUUGUAGACUGGAAUAAUGACAAUGUCAAGCUGCUGAACCAGCAGUACCAGGUGGUGAGUCACUGGGAUGUGAAAGCUAAGCCAUUGGACAUUUGUUUGAUCACACCCAGUGAGGUUGCAGUGGCUGUGAAUACUAGUAACAUACAUGAGGUCCAGUUCAUCACUGUCAACCAGGGAAAGCUUGUUUCUGGCAGGAAGUUUCAGUUACAACAUGAAUGUAGAGGUAUUGGCCAUCACCAAGGAGACCUUUUUGUCACCUCUGGUCAAGAACUGUACAAAUACUCACUGAAUGGCAAACUGAUCUGCAGACUCUACCAAGAUAGAUCAGCUGAUUGGACAGUAGACAAGUGUGCUGUGAGUCCCACAGGAGACAGGCUGUACAUCAUCAGCUACUGGCAGCACAAGCUUCUCACCCUGGCCAGGGAUGGCACACUCCUGGCUACAUACACAGACCCAGCACUAUGGCGCCCACAAUGUCUACAUGUGACCCCUGCAGGCCAGGUGCUGGUCUGUGGAGUCUGGUCCCACACUGUACUACAGGUGGGCUGGGAGGGGCAGAGUAAGCUGACUACGCUGGCUACUGAGGAGUAUGGAGUGUGGGACCCAGAGUCAGUCUGCUACAGCAGCACAACAUCCUCCAUCAUUGUGGGACAGGACUGGGACGACAACAUCCUGGUGUUCAGAGUGGAAUAGUGUGUACAUUUGCUGCUGGGUCGGGACAACGAUGCUGAGGAUGUGGGGGACAAGCAUGACGCAGAAGCAGAGCACCAGCAUUGAUAUCGAGUUGGCCCAGCAACCGCACGAGUCCCGCCUGCAGGAGCCCCAGUCCAGAACAACCCUUCCCCUCCCCUGACUUCUAACUCCUUCCCCUUGACCUCCUGACUGAAAAAGUCAGCAUCGUUGAACAACUCCGUUCUGCAGGAAAUUCUGAGCAUGAUUCUGGUCAAACGUCGAGUUGUCCACACAUAAGCCUGGGUAGUUUUGUUAAGCUAGAGUUCCGCGUGGGCCUGAGAGGGACGAGUUUUACAGACACGAAAAGUUAUAGCAGUAGUUAUGGUAACGCUAACAGUCAGUUGUUGCUGUUGGACAUCACAACAAAUAUCCUGAAGAACAAAAAGUUCAAUAACUUGUUCCAAUCUUUAUGGGACAAACAGAAAUUGAACGGGAGAAAAUCAAGGAACAAUAAAAGCGUAAGCUUUCCUAGUGGGAUGCUUCUGCUGUUGAUAGUUUAGACGACAGUAGGGUUACGGACUGCCCCAGAUUGUCCAUUCAGCGGCCAAAAUAUCAUAAUAGAAUGGACUUUUGGCAAUAUUACCGACAAAGAAAGGCAGUAAUGACUUGGUUGUGAAUACCCAGAGCACGAUACAUCCAUGCUGAC